GCCAUGGUCGGAAGUGCAGAAGCGCAAGAAGUCGCACAUCAGAACUCCAAGCGAAGAAAGUUGCUCAGUUUGGAGUUGUUCUGGUAAAACAGGAGAAGUCUUGAGGUGAACGUGGACUUUUUUAUUCACAGUUACCGGUUUAAACUAGCGCUGAGUGUGAAACCGACGUCUCUGCCGUGUGUUGACGUAGUUAAGCCUCGACACAAUCAGGAAGUCCGGGGAUUUUUUUUUUCCGUUGUUGAAACAAAAAAAGUUGAAUGGAUAGUCGAUAGACCACCUUUUAUCGAUUAAUAAUAAGGUGUCAGCUUAUUUAACUUCUAUAAUUUAUUCGCUGUUGUGUUUUAAUCCACCACUACGAGAUUAUUAAAAUAAUCUUCAGUCGUUACCACCUGGAUUUUCACUUUGCGGGGGAGAGGGAUGGAUGCUCCUCACCUCACUGAAGAUGAAAUGGCAGAGAUAAAGAAAGACGUGCUGACCAGAUUGCGGCACUACCUCUGCGAUAAAAUCAGAGCAGAUCGCCACCUGGACUACUUGCGCUCUCGCAGGAUCCUGACACGAGAUGACGCAGAAGAGAUCAGCUGCAGGACUACGCAGACCAAGAGGACGGCCGUGCUGCUGGACAUACUGGCUGAGAAUCCCCGCGGCCUGGAUGCCUUGAUCGAGUCGAUCCGGGAGAUGCGCUCGCAAAAUUUCAUCAUCACUAAAAUCACAGACGAGGUGCAGAAGGCCAAAAAUGAGAAGAUCGAGUCCCUCAGAGCAGCAGGAGCUUCCAGUUCCUCAUCUGACUCCACUUUCAGCACUCCAACCUCAACCAGCGACCUCCCGUCAACAUUUUCAAACAACUCCACCUUGCUCUUUCACCCGGACAGCGAGAAAAGCCCUUCCAACUCAGAUGUGGGCACCUCACUCGAUCUGCUGUCUUCGCAAAAAGCUGGAGACUCCUCUGUGGUUUGCGCCAGCAUCGCCACGCCUUCCACGACUUCAUCCAGCCUCCCAAAGCCCGGAGACCCCGGGGCGCCUCCUCUGCCGGACGAGGUAAUGGUCGAGUCCCCCUCCAGCAUAGAUGCUGGAGCGCCGGGGUGCACCAGCAGUGGAGGCGAUCCAAACUUCCAGCCCCUCCGGUCGCGCUCCCUCACGCCAACUUCAACUAGGAGCAUCUUUUAGGAGCAUAUCUCAAUAAGACAGUUCUCAACCGGUUAAAAAGACAACCACAACACUCACUCUCUCUUUUUCAGUGAUAUUCGUGCCUUCGAUGAGGCGGUUGGUGAGAAAUUGCUGCACAUGGGCAUAUACUGUAUACUACCACUAUAUUAGCUACCUUUUAGAGUGAAAAUGGGGGCAUUUUGUCAUCAGCGAGGCUGGGAUAACUUUUAAAGAUUGUUUUUUGUUUUUCAAAUGGUGCCAAUUUGUUGCCUUAGUUUUCAUAUAAAGCAAAAACCAAACCAAACCCUAGGGUAUGGAGAUUGCCUAGUUUAAAAUGGAAAAUGUGACUAAAAUGAGACAACGGUGCCAUCAAAGAAGAAAGAGGAAAUCUGUGCGUGCAUCAGAUGCAUUUCUAACGCGGUUAGAUUUCCAGCGUGAUGUAUCAGGAGUGAAGAAAAUGUGACUCACCCUCUCUAACCUCUCCUACUCCCCUUCUGUGACAGGAGGUGUGAUUUUUCUGAUGAGCUGUAAAGGCUGAAUGCAGUUUCUAUGUUGUAUACACUUGAAUGACUACUUGAGCAUAUAUAUAUAUCCAUGUGUGUGCGUAUAAAGAGCCAGUCUUGGAGCAGAACUCCAGCUCAUGUUUUUCUGUUGUUGUUUUUUUUCGUGUGUGUGCAUUAAGUCAUCAAGAAUUUGCUUCAUGUUUUUGUCACUACAAUAGUCUUGAAUUAGUAAACAUAGUUUCAGUGACAUCCUAUUUCUUUCUCUAUUCACUGGUCAUGUAAUAAUAAAACUAAAAGUUGUUCAU